AUGAUUGCUUGGAAACUAAUGGAUUCAGAUAUUUCGAUACUUCGAGAACGUGUAAAAGAGGAGUUAGAGGCUGCUGACGAAUUCACUACUAGGAAUGAUGACAGUCUCCAGAUAUCAGAAGCCAAUACAUCCGAUGUGACGAUGGAAUCAAACGAAAACGACUUGGAGUUGUACACAGUCAGACUGUGGAAAACAGAGAGUUCGCUACUAGAUGACUUCUUCCUUGUUAAAGGCAGAAAACUUCUGAAUCUCUUCCGCUUUUGUCCAAUAUGUGGCAUGAAGCUUUCUCAGGCUUGCUUAUCAGCUGAUGGAAACGCUCCUAUUGUGGACUUUGUUUGUACUGCUUGCAAUCCUUCAGUGAAUAGGUGGAAUGGUCAGGAUUGUGCAACGGAUGUUCCGUGA